AGUGGAGUGUCCUAAAAGGUGACACUAGUGGUGUGCGUGGUAACUAGUGGGACAUCACAUUUCUCCACACACUUGUAACCUCUCGGCGCGCCUAAACCCACGAAGAAAACAUGGAGCGGAAAAGGUGGGAGUGUUCGGCUCUCCCAAAUGGUUGGAGAAGGGAAGAAGUGACCAGAAAGUCGGGGUUGUCCGCGGGGAAAAGCGAUGUCUAUUAUUUUAGUCCCACUGGAAAGAAGUUUCGCAGCAAACCACAGUUGGCACGUUACCUGGGAAACUCUAUGGACCUGAGUUCUUUUGACUUCCGUACGGGGAAGAUGAUUUUCAGCAAGCUCAACAAGAACCGACAGCGUCUCCGCUACGACCAGAAUCAGAACAAGGGCAAGCCUGACCUGAAUACCUCACUGCCAGUCAGGCAAACCGCCUCUAUCUUCAAACAGCCUGUUACCAAAGUGACAAAUCACCCCAGCAACAAAGUGAAGACUGAUACUCAAAAAGCUGUUGAGCAGCCAAAACAGCUGUUCUGGGAGAAAAAGCUCAGCGGCCUGAACGUGUACGACAUCGCAGAGGGACUCAUGAAGAGCAUGGAGCUGCCCAAAGGGCUGCAUGGAGUGGGCCCGGGCUACGUGGAUAAGACCCUGCUGUCGGCCAUUGCGAGCGCGCUGCACACCAGUUCCGUGCCCAUCACGGGCCAGCUGUCUGCGGCGGUGGAGAAGAACCCAGGAGUCUGGCUCAACACCUCCCAGCCGCUCUGCAAGGCCUUCGUCGUCACGGACGAGGACAUCAGGAAGCAGGAAGAGCUGGUGUACAGCGUGAGGAAGAGGUUGGAGGAGGCCCUCAUGGCUGAUAUGAUGGCGCAGAUCGAGGAGGCCGCCAUCGAUGUGGCGGGACUGAAGGACGAAAAUGACGACGAGGACGAGGACGAGGACGAUGACGACGAUGAAAAUGCGGAGGAUGCAGAAGAGGAUCUCAAGCAUUGACGAGCUCUGGGUCCACAGCAUUUUUUAAUUUUUUUUUCUACUCUCACAGAACUGUGACCAAGAUCACGUCAACCCCAAGCCGAUCAGGAAGAACACCAGUCACUGUUUUUUCUACGUGUUUUCUAUCGAGUCACUUUGCACUCAGACACCUGUCCUCACCUAGCAUCACCUGAUUCCACUUUGUCACUCGGGUACAAACUACAUGUCAUAGUUCCAAAUAAGUUAGUUCAUGGGUUUCUUUUAAUCGUUACGUUAUUUUAUGUGUUUUAGCAACACAUUUUUUGUCUUUCUUUUUGUCAGUUUACUUUACAGAUAAUGGAAAAUGUGACUUUCAGUUUUUAAACUUGUGUUUAACUCCCGGUGAUGUUCAAGAACUGCUCGUCCCUUUCACUCUCUCUCUCACACACACACACACACAAGCCACAAGCCCUCCCACUCACAGCUGCGGGGUCUUCAGGGAUGGGGCAGACCGUUGCGAAGUCAUUUAAAUCACCUUGGCUAUUUAAGCUGUUAAUUAACGCUCUCAAUAGGCAGGCUAUAGCUGGCUGCUAAAAGGGUGCUCAGAUCCAUUACGGUGUCCCUUUAUAUAAACAAUUGAGCAGUAUUUACUUGUCUCAGACCAGUUUUUUGAAGACUUAUUUGUAUAGGGAGGGACACGUGCACACCAAUUACUUUUGUAUGCUUUAUUCAGGUGUUGGUCGCAGGACCUUAUUUUGAUACGGUAACUUUUGGCUGAGCUAUGUACAGGUCGUCCUCAUCACCCAUAUAGCUUAAAGGAGGAUUUUGAAUCUUUAAUGGUUAGCUAAGCUUUCAUAAAAUAUUUGAGCUGGGGGGUUUUCUAUAAUUUUCUUGUUCGUUUGUGUGUGUAUGUGUUUUGUUUUUGGAGGCGUUAUGGUUAACCUUUUUUUUUUGCUGUAUACCAGAAAGAGUGGCCAUGUAUGGUGGGAUGAUGUUCUGUUCAUAGUUUCCAUUUCCAAAAUGGAGGAUCAGGUGGAUACCUGACCCUGAAAGGGUUCCAGUUCCAGUUCCAGUUCCACAGUGUUCACUAGAACCUGCUACAUUCUUGCUUAUAAGCACACCAGAUCAAGAACGUAACCAUUUCAGGGUCAAGCGCUGGUGCUGUGUUCACACUCAGUAGGUAGUGCUCUUGUUCUACCGUUUAAUCACUUCUUUGUCUCGAUUAUUUUUUUCGGUUUCAUGUGGCGUGGUGGAGAGUUUGAACUGCUGUCUAUGUAGACACCCCCCACCCCCAGAUUAAGCUCUGUUGGUGGUGAGGGUGCUGGGGGGGGGUUGUUGCCAUGACCCCCUCCACCAUCCAUAUGCUUUUUAUAUAUAUAUAUAUAUAUAUAUAUAAUCAAUGAGUGACAUGUCCUCCUUUUCUCAGUACACUGGCUGGCUAAUCUGGUCAUAAAAUAAUUAAGGUAUGGCUUCCGGUGUACUGGCCUUACAUACGGUUAGAAACUAUGCCCCAGUCCAAACGGGCUCCUGAACAAUGAGCACAGAGGACCUAAAUCACUGACAGAUUAUAAAAGGUUAAUAAAAUUGACUUAACCUCCUCCUUAAACAUCCUGUCUAGAUAGUUCUGUGUGUUUGUAUGGCGGGGCCAGAUGUAAGUAUACACAAGUUAGCACAAUUCUUAGAGCUGUGUUAAUGGAGAUUAUGAAUUGUCAUGGUGCUUCACCUAUUUUGUUUAGUUUUGCAAUUCAUUCAAUCAACCACCUUAUGGUAAAAGUAGAUUUAUGUGCUUAAGAUGUAUUACUAUUAUUAUUGCAAGGGGUUAUGAAUGCAAAUGUUUUUUUUAUUAUUAUUAUUCUAUAGUAAUACGUCAGACCAUUUAUUUGCUUCUGAGUUGUGUGUGUGUGUGUGUGUGUGUGUGUGUGUGUAAGCCUUUGCAAAUGGGUGCUCUAAACUAUGAACUUUUUCACUUGUCUGUUCUGCUUUAAAGGCUACAUAUGGAGCUAUCAUGUAGAUGUUUUCUUAAGCUUUCAGUAGCAGGAAAAAAAUGGCAAGGUUUUGUAUAAAACAGAAAAAUAAACACUUGGUAUAGAAAAGA